AUGCAUUCGGGUAGAGCGGAUAUAAAUAGGUAUUACACACGCAGAAGAGCUCAGUACGAGCGUGAGUUUGGGAUAGAACAGAAUCCAGUCAUGGCUGAGGAACAGGUGGGCGACAGAAGAAAUCAGGAUGAGGAAGAGAGAGAGAUGAUGAGGACUCUUAUCACUACUCAGCCCAGGAUCGUCCAGGCAUUAGAUAGGUUACAAGAUACCUUGGAUCGUUUGGAUAUGGAUGGACACAGAGGUAGGCGUGGUAGGUCACCUUCAGUGGCUGGUAGUCACUGCAGCCAUCAGUCCCAAUCUUCAGUUGGGAGUUCCCAUCAUUCCAGCAGGAGGCACCGCCAUCGUACACCUACUACGAAUAGGCCAUUGCUUCCUCAGUUCAUACCAGGUGAACAACCAGCACAAGUGGAACCACCGGAGGUUGGGUUCCAGGAGUCAGUUUUAGCAGCCACAACUGAGUGGAGAGCUCUACCCCCUGAGGUUAGGGACGUUUUCCCUCUUCCCCAGUAUUGUGCACAGCGUAGAGAUACAACCAGGUUCAGGGGAGAUCGUGGUAAUAGACCACACCAGCAGCAGCAGAAUUAUGAUUUGAAUAGAGCUACUGGGAAGAUUACAUUGGCCCCAUAUAAUGGCACAGGAGACACUAGCGCACGAGCGUGGGUCCACAAGCUGGACAUAUAUCUUUCAUUGAGGGCCAUGCCUGAGCGUGAGGCUAUUCAGUUUGCUGUAUUGCAUUUAGAGGGGAUUGCCUAUGAUUGGUGGCACCAUGGAUUGGUCACCCAGGAUCACACCUUAGUUCACUCCUAUACUGAGUUCACUGAGCGUCUCAUUGCACGGUUUGACCGUAAGGAUACAGAACUUUAUUACAGGGAGUUGGCUCACCUUAGACAAACCGGUCAUGCAGAAGCAUAUAUUAAUGAGUUCCAACGUAUUGCAGUGAUGGUACCGGAUAUGCCCCAGAGACGUAGUGUGAUGUUGUUCACUGAGGGCUUGCAGGAUAGGCUAAAGGGACUAGUGCGUGCUUUCCAACCAGCAACUCUUAAGGAGGCUAUUGAGGUGACAUUGAGACUAGAUACUGUUCCCACUUCUUAUCAGGCAGAUAAGAAACCAUUUAGAGAUUCACGGCCUGCACAGAAGGCCAAUACGUCCCAGAACAAAGAAGGGACUUCAGCGAAAACCCCUUGGAUGAAUCAGGAAACGAGGAAUGAAUUGAGGAGGAAAAAGUUAUGUUUUUCCUGCAAGGAACCUUGGGAACCAGGACACCGUUGCAUGGGAGAUGAGGAGGUUCUUGAUACUGAUAUUGAGGAGGAUACAGAGGAUGUUGAGCAGGUUCAGACACAGUUGGAGCUAGACAUCCCUGAGCCGUUGGCGUCAGCCAAAGUAGCUAUGGCUACUCUCUCCAGUUAUCCUAAGUUUCAUGCCUUCCGGUUGAAAGGUACACUUAAGGGUAAGCGGGUCACCAGCUUGGUAGACACAGGUGCUACGCAUAACUUUAUUGAUCAGAAAUUAGUUGAGAGGCGUGGCUUGCAGUAUGAGGAGUUUGGUGGUUUUGGAGUGAAGGGUAUUGGGCAUUACAUUAUUGAUCACCAACGUAUGCAGUUGGAGUUUCUGUCUGGAGGGAAGAAAGUGAUUUUGAGGGCAGCUUCAGAUGGUGGACCUAGGGAAGUGACUUCUCGCAGGAUGGAGACUAUCCUCAGGCAUAAUGAUGUACUCUGGGCUACGCAUUGUUUGGUUAAGUCCAAAACACCCACACCCCAGGAUGGCCGUGUGUUUCAUGUGGACAUUCAGUCAGUGAUGGAUCGCCAUGGUAGAGUAUUUGGUGAUAUACCUCCUGGAGUGCCACCAGAUAGAGGUUUUGAGCAUGGUAUAGAGUUGGAGGAGGGAGCAAAGCCAGUGAUUACUACCCCAUAUCGUCAUCCUAGAGCUUAUAAGGAUGAAAUUGAGAAGACAAUUCAUGAACUAUUAGAUAUGGGUUUCAUUCGACCGAGUUCUAGCCCGUUUGCUUCUUCCGUAGUGUUGGUUAAGAAGAAGGAUGGGACUCUACGGAUGUGUAUUGAUUAUAGAGCCUUGAACAAGAAGACAAUAAAAAAUAGAUAUCCUAUUCUGCGCAUAGAUGAGUUGUUGGAUGAGUUACAUGGGGCUGUCUAUUUCUCUAAGAUUGAUCUUCGUUCAGGCUACCAUCAGAUUCGUGUACGCGCUGAGGAUGUACACAAGACUGCUUUCCGUUGUCACUAUGGGCAUUAUGAGUUCCUGGUAAUGCCUUUUGGCCUUACCAAUGCACCAGCUACUUUCCAGUCCUGUAUGAACCAUAUCUUCAACAAGCAGUUGAGGAAGUCGGUUCUAGUGUUCUUUGAUGAUAUAUUGAUUUACAGUUGUACUUGGGAGGAUCAUCUCAGACAUCUUGAGGAGGUACUUGGCAUAAUGGAGGAUCAGUCUCUAUUUGCUAAGCUUUCCAAAUGUGAGUUUGGAUUGAGGGAGGUGUUAUAUUUGGGACAUGUGAUCAGUGCUGAUGGAGUGAAGGUGCAUGAGGAGAAGAUUCAGGCAAUUCAGAAUUGGCCCGUCCCUCAGAACAUUACGGAGUUACGUGGAUUCCUUGGAUUGUGUGCUUAUUAUAGGAGAUUUGUGAAGGGGUUCUCUCAGUUGGCGGCACCUUUGACAGAUCUUACAAAAAAGGGGGCCUUCAGAUGGACAGAACAAGCGCAGGGGGUCUUUGAUAGACUCAAGGAGGUGAUGAGCACUUGUCCUGUCUUGGCACUACCUGAUUUCUCGCAGCCCUUUGUUCUAGAGUGUGAUGCCUCAGGAUUUGGUAUAGGAGCCGUGUUGAUGCAGAACAAACAUCCCAUUGCCUAUGAGAGCAGAAAAUUGCAAAAUAAUGAGAGGUUGUACUCUACCUACGACAAGGAAAUGUUGGCUAUCAUGCAUGCGUUAGCCAAAUUCAGACAGUAUCUUGUUGGCAGCAAAUUUGUGGUAAGAACUGAUCACAACAGUCUGAAAUACUUCCUAAAUCAAACAGAGCUUAAUGAUAGACAACAAAAAUGGAUUAGCAAAAUUCAGGCUUAUGACUUCGAUAUCGAAUUCAUAAAGGGGAAGAAUAAUACUGUGGCUGAUGCACUCUCUAGGAAACCUUCAUUGGCUGCCCUUUGCUCAUUGAGCGAGAUUUCAGCAGAUUGGAAGGCUCAACUCUUAGUUGAGUAUUCCUAG